GGGAUAGCGACCGCUAUGGGACUCCCGCUGCGGGAAGUACGUGUCCAUCUUCUAUUCGAUUUCGUUCGCCCCGUCUUUUAUGGGACCAUCCAGCGGAUCCCACACGCUGCCCCUCCAGCCUCGCAUAUUGUACGCUUUUCCCUCCACCCGGAAUCAAGGCCGGCCUUUCCCGUUCUCGACAGACUCCACUCACUUCUCGAUCUCCGCCAACGCCAGAAACGCGAUCGGACCCUCGUCGGAACCCUAGCUCCGCCGCCUCCGCCUCGGCCGCCGCCCGUCAUGAAGACACGAGCUUCCUUCGGGCUCGUCGCCCUCCUCAUGGCCCUCGUCCUCUUCGCAGUCAUGACCAUGAAAAUCCAGAACGAGCACCUCAAGAUGGACCUGCGUCAUCAGUCGUUCGAAUCCGCCAAGAGGCUGUUGAGGAACAGGAUCGAUGGCCUGCCUCGUGGCGUAGUGCAGUCGACCUCCGACAUGGAAUUGAAGCCCCUCUGGAAGAGCUCAAGCCAAAAGGAUAUUAGUGGGAAAUACACUGCUCUGUUGGCAAUGGCUGUUGGCAUUUCACAAAAGCAGAAUGUGGAUAUUUUAGUACGUAAGUUUCUUAUAGAUAACUGCUCUAUUAUACUUUUCCAUUAUGAUGGUAAUGUGGAUGGAUGGCAUGAUCUAGAGUGGAGUGACAAAGCAAUACACAUACUUGCUCAUAACCAAACAAAGUGGUGGUUCGCAAAGCGCUUUUUACAUCCAGAUGUUGUAUCUACCUAUGAUUAUAUAUUUUUGUGGGAUGAAGACUUGGGUGUAGAGAAUUUUCAUCUUGGAAGAUAUUUACAGAUAAUGGCUUCAGAAGGGCUGGAAAUCUCACAGCCUGCUUUGGAUCCUGAUCAAUCUUCUGAAAUACACCACCGUAUUACAGUCCGAGAUAGAAAGGCAAAGGUGCACAGGCGGGUAUAUGAUUUUCGUGGAAGUUUGAAUUGCUCCGAUGAAAGCAGAGGACCUCCUUGCACUGGAUGGGUUGAAGGGAUGGCGCCUGUUUUCUCUCGAGCUGCAUGGAGAUGUGUAUGGCAUCUCAUCCAGAAUGACCUGAUUCAUGGGUGGGGGCUGGACAUGAAGCUUGGAUAUUGUGCUCAGGGUGAUCGGACAAAAAAGGUUGGGGUUAUUGAUACCGAAUACAUCAUUCACCAAGGGAUACCUUCCUUGGGUGGAGCAUCUGUUAAUAAGGCACCAAGCAAAUCCCUGGAUUUAAGAACUCAUAUCAGAAGACAGUCAACAGCUGAGCUAGAAAAAUUUAAUAAACGCUGGAAUCAAGCUGUCAGGGAGGAUAAGGAAUGGUUUGAACAUUUUGAAGGCUAUGCCAGGAAAAAAGGAUGAAAUGAAGAACCUUUGUCACCUUAAAAUUUUCAUAUCUCCAAUGGGAAGGAUUUCUAUCAUUCGUGUCCCAUUAACAGCCUACUGACAGUGUUUUAAUGGCUGAAUGUUCACCAAGGAUAUCCCACUGUAUGUUCCUGUGAGCUUAGAUGUACAUUAUACAUUGAAUUGCGGAUGUUAUGAAGGGUCAGUAUGAAUUGCCAAAGCUGAAGAAAGCAAGAAUAAGUACGACACAAUUCCUUUGCGCUUGUUCUCUCCCACUAAAGCAUCCAUUUUGUCCCGUUGUAUAGCAAUACUGCUGAUGUCUGAUACUGAGAUUUUGAUUGGCAUUUCAAGUAGAAAAGCAAACAACUCAUUAGAUUUUCUCCAUCCUGUCACUGGAUAAAUUACAUUAUUUCAUAUUCUUAAAUGUGUUACAUCUACUCAGGAAAUUAUUUAGGCCUUUUGCAUUCUUU